AUGACUGGUGGGCUACCACAGCGCGACAGGCAGCAAAUCUGGAUAGUCGCUUGCCUCCAGAUUGAGGCACGUCGUUUACGUGAAAAGUUCCACGACGAUCACGAGCGCGCGAGAAAGGCCAUUGAUGAGUGUGUGGGGCACCAUGUUGUCGUUUUUCUGCCUUACGAUUACUUUGUGUCCAUGGACGUGACAGAUGCGACUGCUGAUGCCGGGUACGAAUCUCCAUAG